AUGACUUCUCCAGCACAAGCUACGAAUAGACCCCGAGCACCGCUCGCCGAGCUCCCCCUCCAUCAUUUCGUAUCUCAAUCCCUCGCUUCCUCAUCGCCCAAGUCUUCACCCGGAAAUCUCCUCAAGACGCCCUCCCGCUCUCGAUCCCGCUCGCCUUCUCUCUCCAGCAGUCGUAACGGCUCUAUUUCUGUCUCGCCUCACAAGCAAGCCUUGCUCCAAAACCAUCGAUUCGUCCGAGAAGGAUCGGCUGCCUCCCCAUCCUCCUCUUCCACAACUCAACCUUUGGAGCAGGUGGAGAACAUGACCGACGCCGACCUAGCAGUCUUGCCUCUAAGGCUGUUCGCCGAUCCACCCUCCUCCAAGACAGCAGGCUCGGACCUUUCGUUGGAAGCCAGUCCGAUAGUGCCUCGCUCCAGUGCUGGUCCGAUGGAAUCAAGAUUUUCACCCCGAAACGUCAAGAAUUUGGCUCAUCACAGCAGGCCUAGCACGCCAAAGGGAGCCACGACGACGCCGUUGAAUGUUAGACAGCAUCGUCCGCCGCAUACUUCGGGUCCGAAGCCGGCGCAGUUUGUUGAGCCUAGUCCGACGACGCAGCGUAUGUCUCAACGUAUGUCUGAGUCUAGGUUGAGUCGACGUGGGGUUGAUGCGCCAGAGGAGGUGCCUGCUACGCCUUCGCGUGCGCGCGUUUUAGCGUCUCCCGCUGCAAAGGCCCGAUCUCAAGAUCUCAGUGCACCCAUCAACGCUGCAAAGGAACAAGGUUCGGGAACAAUGACUCCACUCCAAGUUCCUACCCACUUACUUUCGCUCUCCAACAACGCACCGCAAAGCCUUCCAAAGAAGAAACACCGAGUGUCACAGACAGAAAUCGCCAUCGCACAUGAAGAAGCAGGUGCAGGACCCAUUGCUUCUCCUUCCCCCCGCAAAAUGACUGAUUACUUUUCCCCUGCCUUUUUUGGCUCCUCUGACGACGCAAACAAGACUCGGCUGCGGACCGAUAGCAUCUCCAACCCACUUCUCUCCAUGCAGGACUUGAUGAGUAAGUCGAGCGUAAACAGCCUCACCCUAACCAAAUCUGGGCUGUUUCUUGGGGUUGUAGCUAGACCCAUCCCUGGUUGGACCGUACACGAAGAUUCCCCCUUGUCCAGCUGUGAUACUGCUCCAUCGCAAGACCAUCCGCCUAGUGAAGUGGAGAGUCCCGUGCAGAGUGUUCAGUCAACGCCGAAUAAGGAGAAUCGCACUCCCGAUGCCAGCUUCCUCACAGGCAAGGUAGUACCGUUGGUGCUGCCGGACAGAGCGUAUAGCGUUGAUGUUCUGCCUCUUGUGGGCGGCAGUGUUAGUCCGGGUGGGAAGAAGAGGUCUAGUUCCAGACUGACAACUCAAGAGAGUAGUCCCGCUGGAGCGGUGGGGGUAGGAGUUGGGGGAUCGAGAAAGAAAGGUACAGGUGGAAGGUUGAGUUUGUUGGCUGAUGCAGAUGCUGAGUUGGAGGGUGAUGAGGAGUUGGGGAAGAAAACUAAGGGUACUAAUCAGCAGAAUUCGCCUUUGAUUGGAAGGAGAAAAUCUUCAGCAUCGCAACACCAAAGCAAGAUUUCUGCGAGGAGUAGUAGGAAGAGUUCAAGUGUCUAUGGAGCAGGGGAGGUGGGGGAGGGUAUUGCUAGUCGCACUCGAUCUCGUACUCGGGUGUAG